UCGACUUUGCAUCAGUUCUCUCGAUACAGAGUAUUUCAUUUCAAAUUAUGACAGAGACUGAUUGUCCAACAUGUCAAUUUCCAAGUAUCCAAACUCGAGAUCGGCUAAAUGAUGUUUGCCAGUUUAUCGUUCCACGUCAGCACAAUACACUGAUCGUCCCGAACUUCGGACAAGUCCCCGUGCUCAAGGGCGAUCUUACUUGGCUUUCGCCAGAAGUCUUAACGUUCCUCAACGAUUGUGUGCAGCUGAUGACACCAUGCGCUGUUCGGAUCUGCAACGGAAGUGUUUUCGAGGCUCAGGAGCUCCGUGACGCUAUUGCCAACGAGUUUGGUAACGAGGAGCAGCAAAUGCUAGAUCGUUUCCAUCUGAAAAUGGCGGAUAUUGGGUAUGAUGACGUCAGCGUUGUGACGAAGGACCGACUGGAUGCGGAUCCAGGAAUCAGCUUGUCAAACGCCUCUGCAAGCCGAACAUCAAGCUCAGGAUCAGGAGAAGGCAUCGAAAACGUCCGUCUCAGCUCGCAUUACAUGUCGCAGAAGAUGUUCGAUUUUAACAAGACAAAACUGUUUGACUGUUCGAUGAGUGGACGCACCAUGUACGUGGUACCAUUUUCGAUGGGAACAAUCGGAAGUCGGCGUGCGGUGGUUGGAGUCCAGAUUACUGAUGAUCCGGUUCUGGUGCUCAAUUUGAGAACCACUUUUAGAGUUCUCUCAAACAUCUGGGACCACAUCGCCGCCACCACCAACUUUCUGCGAUGCGUUCACACAAUCGGCAUGCCGCGUCCGAUUAUCCGCAAAAUCGUGACUCCAUCUCCUGUUGAGACACCAGUUGGUAGUUUCCUCGUUCUGAAGCACGAUGAUCAAGAAGUAUGGGCUCAUGGUCACUCUUUUGGACGAACUCCAAGAUAUGGAAAGACUUUCUCGGUUCAUGCGGCGUCCUGGUUGGGUGCCAAACAAGGAUGGUUGGCAGAGAGCGCGGCAAUUUUGGCGAUUACCAAUCCCAAAAAUGACACGAUCCACGUGUGCUACAGUAGCCUGACAACUAUUGAUAGUCUUCAACUCUCGAAGGGCCUUGCACCGGGAUGGAAAGUCACAGUGGUCAGCGAAAAAUCUGUUUGGCUCCAUUGGCAUGACGGAAAAAUAUACGGAUUCAGCCCGGAAAAUGACGAAAUGGAAGAACUCGGAUCUCCGAAAAACCUCGCUAACCUUCUUACCGGAGUCAUCUCGGAGUAUCAAAUCCAAAGCUUUGAUCCACAGAGCACGAAGUGGGCAUCCGACGUCGGAGUUCCAAUUUCUGCACUCAUUUUUGCAAAUCGCAGACACGACCAGUAUCCUCUGAUCUUAGAGGCAAAUACUUGGGAAGAAGGUGUAUGUGUGGCUGCUGGUAUUCGAGUCAGUUCUAUGAAGCAACAAAAGAUAUCCGAAGAAAGUGUUAAAGAAAGUGUAGAAGGAGCUUCACCACGUAGAAUCCUUGUGGAGUGCCCGAUGCUUCGUGCUGAUGCCAUCAACUUUAGCAUUGCUAAAUACGUAAAACAUUGGCUGGAGAUGGGUGUGGGAGUCAAGUCGUCAUCUGAAAAUUUCGAGAAUCCUCCGCCACCGCAAAUCUUCUUCACCAACUUGUACCAGGAAGUUGAUGGGAAACCACUUUGGCCCGGUGGUGUCGAUAACGCAAGGAUUUUCGAAUACAUCUAUGAAAGAUGUGCCAACCCAGCCGAUCUCUCAAAGACAAUCUCUUCUGGACUUGGGAUAGUUCCGAAAACACUUCAAUUGAGUGCUGGAACCAACUUGGCACCUCUUCUGCAAGUGGACAUUCGCUUCUGGCUCACCGAGCUCAAUAAGCUGCGUGCAUUUUUCAAUCUUCAAAUGGAGUGUUCUCUUCCACCACAACUCGACAAAGUUCUCACCGAUUUGGCUGCAAACCUCUAAAGAAUACAGUACAAAAACUGAUUCACUGAAAAGAUUAUUGGAAAUAAAAAAGUUUCUUC